CAGACCGGGGUUUAAACCACUGGCCUGAACGGAACUUCCUUCCUCGCCUGGUCCGACAAAAGAAAUACAGUCGGAGGCUUUUAUAAAUGUGGACGAUGUUAAGUUUCCAGUCACUGGUUCAGCUUCAGGACGUCGAACACUGUUUACACCACCGGCAGCUUUUGUAACAUCGACAUCAUGAUCCCUACACACGCACAGCUUAUUUGUGUGCUUUUUCUCUGCGGGCUGGAGGAAACGGUACUGUGUCAACACGGACAUUGCACCGGGAAUCAAUGUUUUGCGGUUUUCCAGGAGCAAGAGGAUUUUCCAGGCGCACAGAAAAGCUGCAAUGACAACGGUGGACAGUUAUUAAAUUACAGCUCGGAACAGGUAAAGAAGAUACUGAAUAGUCUGCUCAAAGGUAGUUACUGGAUUGAUCUGCACAGCACCGACAGGUCAGGAAAGUGCCCCUCCAUCUCCGUGUCGACAGGACGGGACUUCACGGUGCUGUGGGAGCCGUGCCGCGGGAGGCUGGACGGAUUCCUGUGCCAGUAUACCAUCGACCAGCCUUGCAGUGGACUGCAAGCAGGUGCAGGCACACAGGUGAAGUACACAUAUAUGGACUUCAAGGUGGACGAUUUGGAAAUGUUCCCUCAAGGAACCAUCGCUGUAGCAGGAAAGGCUGGCGCUAAAUAUCCAGACUCGAAGCAUUUGUGUUUCUCCAGCAAUUGGAUGGCAGCUCCCUGGAACUGUGAGGUGAUGCAGGGCGGCUGUGAGCACGAAUGCAACUCUACAACCUGCACCUGUCCCGUGGGGAAAACACUCAACCCCAACAAGAUUAACUGCUCUGAAGGCCCGUGCGAUGACAACCCGUGCACAGGUGAGGGGGAGGAGUGCGAGAACACCCAGGCAGGACACGAGUGCAUCUGCAAAGAUGGCUUCAUGGAGGAAAACGGAGCGUGUGUGAACGUUACAAUCUGUGAAAAGUGUGAGCACUUGCUGUGUGACCCAAUCGACGGGGUUUAUACGUGUGGGUGCCAAAAGGGUUUUAAGGUGGCAGCCAACGAGCCCACCAAGUGUGAGUUGAUCUGCUACGAGAGAGACUGCCCGGCCAUUUGCAUCACGGACAGGGACAAAUAUCAGUGUUUCUGCCCUGAUGGCUACAUUAAAGACAUCCAAGACACAAAGAACAGCACUCCCUUUUGCACUGACAUAAAUGAGUGUGAGACCAAGCAGUGCGAUCACAAAUGUGAAAAUUUAUUCGGUGGUCACAAAUGUUUGUGCGAUGAGGGGUUCAAGCUGAACCGCGACGAGUACACGUGUGACCCCGUGCAAAAGGACGAGGAAGAUGGAUCAGGCUCCACUCUUCCGCUCCCGACACCAGCCGGCGCGCAUCCUGCCGCAUUGCCUUCUUACAUCAAGACGGGCAGCGUACUUGGUAUCACCAUGUUCUUGGCGCUGUGUGCCGCGCUGCUGUGUUGCUUCAUCCGAAACUUGUUCAAACGUUGCGGCAAGUUUAAGCUUUCCUCCUUAAAACAUUCAGAUAUUGACAUUUUCUACCUGCAGCAGGUGACCACGGAGACGUAUAAGAGGCUAUCCUUCGACAAACAGUUAAAGAAUGACUCGUAGACUUUAAUCACACCCAUAUGAAGAUAUAAUGCUGCUUGUUCACCUUUUUCUCAUGUCACAUCGCACUGGUUUCUUUCCUCACAGACACCAAAUAUAGGGUAUGGGACUUUCUCACAAUUGUCUAUAGUCAGUGUUAAUGGGAAACCGUUUAUUUAUCUAUCAAGCUGCAACCAGUCACAUACUGUAAAGUCAUAGAUAUGGAUCUUAUAUUCUGAGUUUAUUAUAGAGUGUUAUAUGGAAUUGUUCCUAAUUUGCCUUAUUGAAAUAGAACAACGGAAACAUUUCCCUCUCAGUUUUUAGAGUUAUAUAUACGACAAAUAAGAUGCUGUUACACGGGACAAAGUCUAAUAGUAAUGGUACUGAAAAGGUCGCUUUUAUAAUUAUAGAGCCAUUUCCUUACAAAUACAGUAAUAUAAACCUUUGUUUCAGUGUCUUUGAAAGACAAGAUUCUCUCUCAACAGAAGCAGCUUUAUGUUUGAUUUCACUUUGUUUCUGUCUCAUUACACUGAACUGAACUGUUAAGUUCUUUAUCGUAAAACAAAUAAGGAAAACACAACGUGUCUUGGUCUUUGCUGGACCUCCUCGUAAAUGUGAUGUAACAUUCCACAUACUGGUUGUGAUGUAUACUGCGUUUGUCAACUACAUGAGUUAAAUCUUUAUGGUUUCUAUCUUUUGGUAAAAUCAUACUUUAAACUUUUAGUAUUGAAAGAAGUUGUCUUUAGCACAUAAUGACUCACUGUGAUGUUUUCUCAUGUAAUAUGUUACAUGGUUUUGGAUUUAUGAUAUUUGAUACUGACGCAGUACGUCUAGAUUUUUUAUCGGACUACUAUUUGUUUUGGGAUGUAUUUGUUGCUAUAGGAACUGUUUCCGUAUUUAGGCUCUCCGGACCAUUUCCACAUGCAUGCACCUGACGGGUUUUAUUCAAAAUGACAAAUUCACAUUCUGAAAUCUCCACUGUUUGUUGUAUUUUUAAAUUUAAGGCAAGACACUAUGGGAUAUUAAUCUUUCAUGACAUGUCUUUUUUCAGACUAGUGGAAGGAAAACAUCCAAAAUACACAUUUAGGUGUAUUUUACAAACUUUUUAGAUUUCUCCUAAAUUCACUAAAAGUUAGCAUUAGAUAAUGCAUAAUUAUAAAAUAAUCUGCAUAUUUAAACACAAUUUCAUGAAGCUUGUAAUAUUAAAACUAAUUGUUUUAAUAUAAGUAAUCAACGGGGGACGUUUCAUGGUGAUAUCUAUUAGUUCGUAUUUGUCAUCCUUUUCACCGGUAGUGUCUUGCAGUACAUAGUUUUUUUUUUUCAGAGGUCUCCACUUCAGCAGGACUUACACACACCAAACGUUCGCGUUUUAUCCCUUUCUAUAUUUUUAAAGAUUUCUACAAAGGGGUUUGUUCACAUAUCAUUCAUAGCCUGAGUUAUAUAACAUUUAUUCCUAAAAACAAUGUGGAAAUAAAAAAAAAUGUUAUGGCUGUU